UCUUGACCAUCUACCACCACCAUCAUCGGCGACGAACACGGUGGACGACGGCGAACGACGUUGACCACGACGACGUCCUCUUCGCUUACUCAGGAACGUCAUUCUUCCUUAACCUUUACCUGCCGGUACCUAUUCUGUCGACCCCACUACCUACCACCCCAGCGCCAAUUCGCUUUCAUUAUCUCUUCACGAGCUGUAAUUCAAGUUAACGACACUUCCUGCGAUAUAUUCGGUCUCUGUAUAGAAUGUUUCAAUAGUUUUCGUCUUUUGUCUCCGCAUUUGUCACUGUAAUUCUUGCAUCCACAUCUUAUCAUGACCAGUCUGGGCGGGCCUUCAAACCCAGGCGUUGACGACCAUUCGCGUGCAGGACCACCACAGGUAUCGUCUAGCCGUAACACCAUGCCAGAUCUGUCCACUAUAGUACCUGUAUCACCCUCCUCUUCCGCGGCACAGUCACCUACGUCCUCGACCAGCUCUUCUCAACUACUUCCCAUACCGACGCCGUCGACGAACGUAUCCCAGGCCUCGUUUGUCUACCCAGACUCCUCUGACGAGGGUAUGAGUCUGGACCCGCUGCCUCCCGACAUUGCUACCGCCGACAUAUCCAUCGCUCCCGAUGGAAGCUUUGUCGAAACAUCAUCCGGACCCGCAGCACGCGAGCUCAAGCGUCGGUAUGACCAGCAUUACGGUGUAGGGAAGGACGUAAGGUCACCAUACGCUAUAACCGCAUUCGUGAACCAACACGGGAAGCAGAUGUUCCGAGUUGGCCAUCGGGAUCAGUCAGCCCCUGCCGCCUCAGCAGCUGAGGUAGAAUUUACUAUUCAGCGCGCGCCGGCGCAGUCUCAUCCAAGUCGGUCAAAGCGGCGUUCACGAAUGAGUGUACACGCACUUCCGAAUUUGUUCAGGAAUAGUAAUUCCACAACGGCGACAACAACGACAACGGCAAGCGGCAUCGGACCUAGGAAAUUAAGGAAGACGCGAUCGAUACCGGACAUGGUUAAUCCCCGUACACAGGACGGGGAUCCUGUGCUUACCCGCCCAUAUUCUAAUAGCGUCACGUCGGUUGAUGCUCCUCGACUCCCGGAAAUUGAUGCCUCCCUUAAUAAUGGAGGGAUGGACUUGUUUGGCAAAGUCAUGGAUUGGACGUCCUUCGAUUCUCUCAGUACAUCUUCACAAAGCUUUGAGGAGGACGUCGACAUUGGUCCUUCUGUUCCAUCCAUCCCUGUUACACCUAUCAUGCGGCCUUUUGGACCCGGAGUACAAUUCGAUUCACCGCGAAAACCCGGUCUCGACCGCCUCCGCUCGACUCGGCUACGCGAGAUGCAAUCCUUUGAAUCCGGUUUAACAGCUCGCCAGUCCGAGUCUCCGAGCAAAGUAGCAUCUACUAGCAAUGUCCCGAUGUCCCCCAUACUGUCGGAGCUAUCCUCCGAGCAGAAAGAGCUCACUCGCUCUCCCUCUGCUAUCCGCCUACGACCACUCGAUAAUGCGGAGUCUGAACCGGAUCCAUAUAUGCCUAGCCCUGAGACAGCCAUGCAUUCUCGAUUUUCGACUGACGUUUUCGAUGUCAUCCAGACAUAUCGAGGAGUUCCGCUUAUUGAUAAGCUCUCCGCUCAGGCUGAAGAAACGGCAGUCAUCAGGUUGACACUGUCUGAAGGCAAUGUAGCUGCACCGCGGAAUGAUCCUCGAUUUGUCAUAUGGGGCGAAGUCAGGCAUGAUAGUGACGAUAAGUCUGUGUCGCAAGGCAGUUAUUCAUCUGCUUCGAGCCUUUCAAGACGCCGCAGUCGCAAGGGGAAGAGUCCAGAGGUUCCCCAAUUAAAGAUUUCGCCAAGGGAGGAGCUUCAAAAGAUUCUUGUCGCUGCAUCCAUUGAACGAUGGAUCGCACAGCUGACGAGCGAAUUGAAUUACGAUGAAUUACUGGACUUUUUCCUCACUUACCGCACUUAUAUCGGCGCGGUCGAUCUGUGUCAUCUUCUAAUUUGUCGAUUCCAUUGGGCCCUUCAGAAGCCCACUUCACCGAGUGACGAGAUGGUCCGGAGAAUUGUCCGCGUUCGGACAUUUGUUGCGUUUCGGUACUGGCUCUUGACCUUCUUCACCGUAGACUUUUUGCCGAAUCGGGAGUUGAGAUUACUUUUUGCGAGUUGGUUAAAUGCUUUGAUCCGCGAUCCUAUACUGGAAAAGCAUAGUGAUGGCCUGAGUAUUGUCAAGAAGUUGAAGAAGAUUGCGCAGGACUGUAAGAAGGCGCAUACGCGUACAUCUUCAAAAGCGAAAUCCCGACCGACUAGCACUAGUGUUCAAGAGAACUCUUCAGGGAAACAAGAGCAUCUGCUCGGGGAAAAGUUUGCUGAGGCAACUAAGAAGCUCCAUAGGGAGGAAGACGAUAGCGAGUUGGAUUUGGACUUCGUACCAGAGGAUGACGAUGCGCCCAUAUAUGCGCCAAACUAUCCACCCAAUGCACAUAUCAGCAACAUUCAUCUCGGCCCCAAUCUAUCACCCUCAGGGACCAACUCAAUAGCCUUUUCGUCAUUAUCUAUAUUGCCACGACCGGAUCACAUCUCUGGUCUCGGUGAAGAAGCCGCCGCUCCGUUCGUACAAACCUCGGCAACAUUACCUAUCCAUCACAACGCAUUAUCUCGCGCGUUCGUGAAAACAGCUUUGGUGAAGACCAUUGGCCGUCUUGGUCGAUGGAAGCGUGUCUUGAACAAUAGGACAGCGCCUCGAACACCUUUGGAUGCAUACACCACCCACGUGUCCGCUUUUGAUUUGGAGCUCUCAGUAUCCCGGGAUCUAUUAACUGUUCAAGGUGGAGUUGAGCAAUAUCUUAAGCUCAUCGAGCCACCACCAGAUAAUUUAAAUGCAGCCGCCUCUUCCAAUACCAUUACGCCCACUUCUGCAGCACCGACUAAACCCGAAGUUCCUACUCCACCAGCACAGGCUCGUGAAUCUUCUCCAAUUCCCGUGCAUUCAUCUGUCGAUAAUUCUGAUGAAGUCAGCGCGCCUUCUUCAGGUUCGCCAUCUUCAAUAUCUAUGGAAAGGCCGCCUUCCUACAUCCACGCCGGCACUCCUUUCUCUAGCACCUCUUCGAUAGAUGAUGAAAUGCGCCCUCGAACACCGGAGGCUGAUACAGUCUCUCUGGCGAGAACAUCUUCCACGGACUCUUUCGGUGAGCCUCUAUCCGCCGAUCGGAAUUCAGCCAAGUUCCCGGCGUUCCAGUCUCCUUGGCAGUUUGACGUCGUAUCGAUCGACGAACUGGACCUAUCAGACACAUCGUCUGAGCAUGCUGCCGGAAGUCCUGCUUCACCCCCCGGUUUACGAAAGCCUCUACGGAGGUUACCGCUCCGCCGAGACUUUGAGUUUGUGCGUCGAUCAGAAAGCGUUUCAUCGAUGGGAAUAGUAUCGCAUGAAUCGAUGGCAUAUGAGUCAGGAGCGAGUUCGGCUGCCUCGUCUGCCUCUGGGGUAGGCCUUGGAGGGGCUAUACAGCAGUGGCAGGUUAAUGCACUAGUCGACUCCUUGAGUGAUGAUGGUGAAGCAGGUGAUGUAGAAGAUGCUCUGCGUCGCUUGGAGGGUCAGAUCAAUCCGAAACGUCAGCAGGAGAAGGCAUCUAAGGUAGAUGGUUGGGUGAAGACUAUGCAGGCUCGCAUGGCGACUGGCGAUUAUGAAGAUGAGGAACCACGAUUCUCAGAUGAAGAUAUCUAUGAUGACGAAGCUGAUGAAGAUGACGGCAGCGAAAGGGGCGACGAUGAAACGGGGGGUUUACGUUCGCCCUCUGAUAAUCUCGACGCUGCCUCCAUUGCUUCGUCGUAUACGGAUGCGGAGCAAUUUUUGGCCGCUGAUAGUCCUACGGCUGACGUUGUAACGACUCCAAUAGCAACGCAAGCGUCGCAUAGUAUUCCAAGUCCUGGGGAAUCCUCUUCUCAACGUUCUCCGCAAGCAAAACCUGCUCCCGAAGACGCGGUUCCCUUGGAAAUCCUCCAGAGCCGUAUGCCGAAUGAUAUCCCAUCAACUUCGUCAUCUAACGCCGCGACCGUGUCUUCUGCAAGUUCUAACGCCCCCAACACGAAUCUUCCCCGUUCAUCUAAGUUUGCUCCCCAUGAAGCACCCCGCUCUCAUAAAUCGUUCAUUCUUAGCUAUACCGCUGAGAGUCUUGCUCAGCAUUUCGGUAUGAUUGAUCGAGAACUGUUCAUUAGCAUCAAAUUUGAAGAGCUCAUCUUGGACGAUUGGAUUGGUCGAGAGAAUGAGGUAGAUGUACUGGAUUGGGCUCAGUACCUCAAAGACAGAGCGAGAUGGAAAGCAGAAGGGAGAUUCCCUGAGAAGACGAGUGCGCUCGCGGCCGUGAGAGCGAGGUUCAAUCUGAUGGCUAAUUUCACGGUCUCCGAGGUUGUGUUGACGCCCCCAAUCGAGCGUUUAAAGGUGGUCGCUAAGUUCCUCAAGAUCGCCAUCAAAUCGUACGAAAUGGGUAGCUAUAACACCGUCGUCGCUAUCGUGAGCGCCUUGCAAAGUCCUUGGGUAAAGAGGGCUAUGAAACGUAGAUGGGAGAGCCUCUCGCAUCAAGACAAACGCACCUUCGAUGACUUGAAGACGUGGACGACGAGCGACGACAAUUUCAGGCACAUCCGACAUGCAGUGGACACCAUUGUCGACGCGAAGCCAAUCGAGCCAUCUUCACAUGCGCCGUCCAUCGUCAGUGGGGGUGUCGGGACGACGAAUGGAAACGCCCAUACAACCAAUGGGGACAGAGCUAGCGGCGCACCAAUCAAAGCGAGACCUACGCAUUCCACCCAUAAUAGCACCAGCACGUCAUCGAAACAGGCCGAUAUUACGGAAUGUAUUCCUUUCAUCGGGAUAUAUCUUUCUCAGCUGACAGAGUAUUCUCAUCUGCCCGAUCUGAUUGACCCCACGUCUCCCACUACACCUGUUUCCAUCGAUUUGGUCACAUACAGUUACGAUGCGCUCUCUCACCCUGAAGUGUUCAGCGCGCUGCAGCCAUUACCGGCUGGGAUACAGAUGGAGCCGUUGAUUAACGUGCAUAAGCAACGGAUGCGGGCGAAGGUAAUCAAGCGUCUCGUGGCUGGACAACAUGUGGCUAGCCGCGUCGGAUGGGGGGUAGAGAAACGGUUAUUCCAAAAAUGUUUGAGGUUGAGAGGUUUGAACGACGAGACGCUAGGGAGGGCGCUAGGAAUGUAUGACCAUCCUGGAAGUAGCGGUGGAGCGAAGGCCGACAUUCAGGAUUGGGGGUUGCACAUAUGAGCGAUUUUGGAAGGGUAGGAAAGUCAUCGUAACGACAUGUACGACUAAAAAACGGACACCGUUGAUUAACUAUUUCUAUGACUCGUUUGCCUUUGUUAUCAUUGCUUUUUGAAUAUGUAACGUACAUACUCUUAGAAUUAUCGCUUUCAUUCGUCUUCUGUCAUUAUGUAUUCUAGGUUUUUGUUAUCUUGAAUACAAAAUCUAUAACUUCGUUUAUAGGAUUGGCUA